CUUCCGCCUACUUUUUACCAUUUGGACUCAUGAUUGGAUCCCAGUCAAGCCAAUUAACUGCAAACUUCCUGGUGUCGAGUCGUUGCAAAACAGACCGUACAGCAAGAUACUCGUGGAAAAGGACGGACGCAGAGGAAAACGUGGAUAACACACCUCUAAUAAAAUGAUGCUGUCAGAAGUCCUGCAGGUGCUUCGAGGGGCCAGUAAAGUGGGUUCUGCUCUGAUCGCCACCCAGGGAGAACAGCUCAGUUUAAUCACCUGCAACUCAUCCUUGGCACCAGUAGUCAAAGCUGCCCAGAAUGUGGUGGAAGGAAUGGUUAGCGCCGUUAUGGGCAGCAGCAAUGAGAAGCAACCAAUAAAAGAGGAUGUAUUUCCCGAUGCUGAGGGUUGGGAGAACAUGGAUCCAGAUGAAGUAGCAAAGUGGUCCAUGGGGUCUGAGUUUGCCACUCAUACAGUGGACCAAAGCCACAUAGAAGGUGAAACUGCAACAGAGAUCCCCAAAGGAGGGGGGACUGGCUGGGUGGGGCAGAAUACUCGCCUUCUCCACACUACUGCUGCCCGCCACCAGUGCUAUUAUCAGACCAGGUCUCUCCAUGACACUGUGGUUGCCAGACUUACUCCAGAGGACAUUAAGAAGGCUAGGGAAACAAAGCAGGCCCUAGUAAAACCCACCAGGCAGAAGCUGAGUGAUCGUGCCAAAGAAAGGAAAGUUCCUGCUUCAAGAAUCAGCAGGCUGGUAAAUUUUGGUGGACUCGCAGUAGGACUGGGGAUCGGAGCCAUUGCAGAAGUGGCAAAACAGUCACUAGGAGGCAAACAAAAAACAGAAACGAGUGCCUUGCUAGAUUCUCGUCUUCUGUCUGAGGCUAAUGCUGAGAGAAUAGUCGACACACUGUGUAAAGUACGCGGAGCUGCACUCAAGAUAGGACAGAUGCUCAGCAUUCAAGACAACUCUUUCAUCAAUCCCCAGCUGCAGAAGAUCUUUGAGCGGGUCCGACAGAGUGCAGACUUCAUGCCUACAUGGCAAAUGAAGAAAGUUCUAGAGGAAGAACUGGGUCCACACUGGCAAGAGAAGUUAAUGUCCUUUGAAGAUAAACCAUUUGCAGCAGCUUCCAUUGGCCAAGUUCAUCAUGGGGUUCUAAAAGAUGGCAGAGAAAUAGCAAUGAAGGUCCAGUAUCCUGGAGUGGCAGAAAGCAUCCACAGUGACAUAAACAAUCUUAUGUCUGUACUAAAAAUGAGUGUUGUUCUACCAGAAGGUUUAUUUGCAGACAGCAGCUUAGAGGUUCUUCAGAAGGAGCUGGCAUGGGAAUGCGACUAUAAACGCGAAGCAGAGUGUGCCAAGAAGUUCAGUUCCCUGCUGGAGGCAGAUGAGUUUUUCCAAGUCCCUGAGGUGAUUGAUGAGCUGUCAGGAAAGAGAGUGCUGGCCAUGGAGCUUGUACAAGGCGUCCCACUGGACCGCUGUGUAGACCUGCCACAAGAGACCAGAAACCAGAUUUGUUUCAACAUCCUCCAGCUGUGUCUCAGAGAGCUGUUUGAGUUCAGGUUCAUGCAAACGGAUCCAAACUGGGCAAAUUUCUUCUACAACUCAGACACAAAUAAGGUGAUUCUGUUGGACUUUGGGGCCUGCAGAAGCUACCCAGAGUCAUUCACAGACGAGUACAUACAGGUGGUGCAUGCGGCUUCUGUGGGCGAUAGAGCCACUGUACUUCGCAAAUCGAAGGACCUGAAGUUUCUGACUGGCUUCGAGGCCAAGGCCUUUGAGGAUGCCCAUGUGGAGGCAGUUAUGAUUCUCGGUGAAGCCUUUGCGUCCUCUGAGCCGUUUGACUUCGGCACCCAGAGCACCACCCAGCGCAUUCAGAGCCUCAUCCCCGUCAUGCUGCGCCACCGCCUUACCCCUCCACCCGAGGAGACGUACUCCCUCCACCGCAAAAUGGCCGGCUCCUUCCUCAUCUGCUCCAAAUUGAAGGCUCGCAUAUCCUGCAGGGACAUGUUCAUGGACGUGUACGAUGCUUACAAUCGGAGGAGGCAGGGCGAGCAGGUGGCGCGGGCCAGUGCUUAGAAGUCCAGCAGCUACAGUAUGUUACUGUGUGCGUGUAUAUAUGUAUGACAUAGACUGUUUCAGAGUGGGCACCAAAGUGAAGACACAGAGAAAACAAGGUCUUCAGCAGAAUCAGCAGAUUUAUCUAUGACCGUAUCGAAUUGAAAUCGAAUCGAAAGAAUUGAAAUGCUGUGAAAGACACGUGUAUUCUCAUGUAACAACUAUGUGUUAAAUGGUUUAAUUUUCUAUUACAUCUGUGGAUUUAGUCGACACGAUAAUUGAAUUUGUUUAGGUUGUUAUGUUAUUAUAUGUGCAUGAUGCUGUUGCCAUAACAAACACACAAACACGAGCCUACAGUUCCUCAGCAAACAACGUGGUCCUUAAUGUUUUUAAUAGUGAAGAUGAUUUGAUUCUCCUCCUCAUUUGGCUUCAGUGUUCACCAUAUAUUUUUAUAACGUACGAUCUAGGGGAGAUAAGGGUGCUGCAUCGCAAAGCAGAUGCUGCCAAGUGCUCUGUCUCGUUCAAAGGUCUUUGUGUGCAUCCUGAUGAAUUGACGAAUAAAGAUUUCUCCUAAAAGUGA